AAGGGAUAAAUGCAUGCAAAGGGAGACGAGACUGGAGGGCUGCUUUGAAACUCUGCUGCAAGUCUACAGAUGGAGGGCGGACCAUGUUAUUCACUCUAAGUUCCUUUUUCCUUUCCGUCCCCAGCAUGUCUGGCUUUUGUCUCUAGAAGCGGGGACACAGGCUGAUGCCGAGAAAAACAUAUCUGUACGGUGAGCCUUUUGCAGUAGUGGGCCACUGUCUCAGGCGCUUAGACUGUCGUGCUGGGCACCACUACGGCUUAUUGAUUUUGAUCACAUUGAAGGAGAAAGAGCGAUCAAACACUUAAAACGCUGUGGAAGUUAAACUUUGUUUGCAUAUCCGACCAAACUGGACUGAGUUUGUACUACACACCACAGAAGUGACUUACCCCCCCCUAACUCAACUCACACUCGUGGAGAAAAGAGCUGAGUUUGCUAUUAAGUGCACCAAGAGAGGCAGCAUGGUGCAGAAGAUGAGCCACACUGAGAGCACCGCGGAAGCGCUUUCCUCAUUUUUCAGUGGGGAUUCAAGCUCCGGGGCGAGCAUGGACCUGGACCCCGCUGAUUCGCCCCUCUCCCCCGGCUCCACAGCCUCCUCCGCCGGGGACAAGCUGGGAGACAACCCGGCGUGGUGUAAAACUCCGAGCGGCCACAUUAAAAGACCCAUGAACGCAUUCAUGGUGUGGUCCCAGAUAGAAAGGAGGAAGAUUAUGGAACAGUCUCCUGAUAUGCACAACGCCGAGAUCUCUAAACGGCUGGGAAAGAGAUGGAAGCUCCUCAGAGACAGCGACAAGAUCCCCUUCAUCCAGCAGGCGGAGCGGCUGAGACUGAAGCACAUGGCGGACUACCCCGACUACAAGUACCGGCCCAGGAAGAAAGUCAAAUCAAGCGCUUCCAAGCCGGGAAGUGGAGGGGAAAAGGUGGAAAAAGUAAGCAGUUGCUCGAACAGCACCAGCAUAAAGUCUUCCACAUCUUCGAGGAAGAGUGGACUCAAAUCACCCUGCAGCAAAGCCCAUAAAUCACUUUUCGGGAACAGCAGCAGCACCAAAGCCUCACUGUUUGCCUCCGAGCAGCCGCCGGAUAACCACCUCUACAAGUCCAAGGCGGUGCCGUCCACAGCCAAGCAGGUAUCGGAGGGCAAGAGGGCAAAGCGGGCGUACCACGUCUACGGAGGCGGCUUGAGCGUCAGCCCCGCGUCGUCAGUCACAGUCCCAGCCAGUCCCACGCUGAGCAACUCGGCGGACUCCAGCGACCCCCUCAGCCUGUACGAGGACGUUUCCAGCGGCAGAGAGGAGGGGAGCGAAUCCCCGGGCAGUAGUAGCGGAAGCAGCGGUAGCCCGAACGGCUCAUCGGGGCGUUUCGGCGGGCAAACGUACAACAGUCGGCGGGCUUCGUCACCUACUCCCUCCGGCUCUCACUGCUCCGCCUCCUCGUCGUCGUCUUCCUCCUCGGAGGACGAAGAGUUCGAGGACGACCUGCUCGACAUGAACCCGAGCCCCAACUUUGACAGCAUGUCGCUGGGGAGCUUUGGCUCCUCUGUGCUGGACAGGGACUUGGAUUUGAACUUUGAGUCCGGCUCUGGGGGCUCUCACUUCGAGUUCCCCGACUACUGCACACCUGAAGUCAGCGAAAUGAUUUCCGGGGACUGGCUGGAAUCCACCAUUUCCAACCUGGUGUUCACAUACUGAGAACAAUGUGGGCACAAACUACGACCACAAACGGAGCCCAGGGUCCCCGACACGAGCGGGUGGGCUGCUCCUGCUUUGUUUCCGAACAACCAGAUCAGUUACUACUCAUUCAAACCUUGCGUCACGGCGUCUCUUGUCGUCUGUAAGUGCUUGGUAAGCUCAACUUUUAAAGCAGAUAAGUGCCCUUUAGUGGGCUAUUUCGCUUUGAAUGUGCGGACCGUGGAGGACUGUGGAACAGGCGAGCUUGGAGAGGUGCAAAACAAGAAAGGAGAGAAACCUGACACUGGUUCGGUUUCCUGUUUGAGAAAACGCUCGCUGGUGAACUGGUUGACCCGAACAACUUUACUGUGAUUGAUUUGCACGAUAUGCGGUCCGCCGUCCACUUAAUCAAUGUUGUUGCUGAUUAUUUUUUAAAGGGACAUUUCACAACUUUUUACCGAUUUGCCAAGUGAAUUUCAACUCUUAAAAGGUACAUAAACUCGGACUUUCGCGUGACAUUUUUACUGACGUAUAGUCACCAAGAGGGAUUUUGUAUGAAUUUAAGGUGGAUUGAUGUUUUUCUAAGUUUGAUAUCUUCUUAAAAGCAAAAAAUACGUCGAAGCAUGAUAGCCUACUUUGUUCCAAUCUUGUGCUGACUUCUUACGUGAGACGGUCGAACAGUUACAAAUAGUACAGUAUUAGGGGUAUUUAAAUGUGUAGAUAGCCUCACCUCAGUUGCUCUUUUCUUAUUUAUGGGAUAUAAUGACACAAAUAAUCACCAGCUGUUUUAAUAUUUUAAACUUCAGGACUCAAACACAACUACAAAUCAGUGCUGAACUUUAUAUACAUGAUCUUUACUAUUCAGGACCAAAAUUGUUUAUCAUUUUUUAUAUUAGUUUAUGGAAUAUCCUCACGUUUUUGUUUUCAUCCUCAGAGCUUUGUUUUGUACAUGUAUUCAGAUGCCAUUUUAUAUGGGAUAUUUAUAUACUGGGCCAAGCAGUUUUGAGUUUUUAUUGUUUAAUACUCACUCCUGUUUAGUUUUCUGACACAAUUAUUUGUCAUUCUUCUUCUCAGGCGAAGGGCUAGAGUUUUAAAAACACACAACUUUGAUUCCUUUUUUUAUAUUUAAAUGUACACACCUUUGGACACUUAAAAAUAUAGGAAACAGUUUGAUUAUUUUCUCAGUGUAUUUUUGUACAAAUCUAUAUGGAGUAGGAGGAGUCUGCAAUCUACGUGCGUAGUUCAGUUAUUCAGCUACAUAUAGGUUUCCUGAUUACGAAACCUUGGAUGGCUGGUUUCCAUGCUGCGUUUAAGUGCUGUUAGAAAGCUUACAUUUGUUGAUUUUUAAAAAGUUAAAAAAAAAAAAAAAAAAAAAAACAGCCUGCUGAAAAGUUCUUUGCAGUGGGUACCAUGACCAGGCUACUUUUGAGUUUCUCAUAAAUUACUUAUUGAUUAUAUUCUGUAAUUGAUAGUUAAUUUGGCUACUUUUUGUCACCUAAUCACCAGCAAGACCUUUAACUUAUUUUUUUCAACUUAUAAAUUGUUAUUUUUAACCUACAGCAUGUUAAACCAUGCCCAAAUGCACUUGCAGUAUUUUUUUUCCUCCAAUAGUUCUUGAACGCAGCACCAGCCUUACAUCAGACUACCUUCUGCAGUUUACAGUGCCAGUCUACAGGCUUCUUUUAAGACACAUGAACUGAUCAUUGCCAGAGGCUAUUUCUGUAGAGCAUGUGGUUUUAACAGUCAGUCUCUAAAGUAGCCACUCCUUUUUUUAUUAUUAUUAUUAUUAUUUUGUAACUUUUUCUGACAUAUUGCCUACAACAACACACAAGGAGAUUGUAGCUUUAAAAUUGACUUAUUUUUUGAUGUUUUCAUCAACUGAUGUCAAAUUCAUCCAGCCAACAGCCACUGGGUUGAAUAGGCUAUCUUUUUAGACAGCAAACAACAAAGAAGAUAACAUCAAGCAUAUUCAAAGGUCUGACUUGAGUUCCGCAACAUCUUGUACUGCGUUUCUCAUUGUAUUUGAAUAUAUAAUCUUUUCUACUUGUUGGCGAACUAUUAGCUAAUUGUUUAGUACGUUAUGGCAUGGUGAAUAGCAUUUGUAUUUCGGAUUCAGGUUACUUAGCUGUUGUGUUUUUCAAAAAAGAAAAAAAAAAAAAGAAAAGAAAAAAUGCGUAAAAAUGAAUCUCAACCUUUGUAUAUUUGACUGUAUCAUAAAGCAAAAAAGAUUGUGUGUUUAUGUAUGUUGUUGCUAUCAAGGACAGGCACUGUCUAGAACGACUAUCUUUUUACACAUCCUUACUUUUAAGGUGGUCUGUUCAGGACUCUUUUUAUAUAAAUAUAUAUAAAUAAAUAAAAGCGUUUUUAAGUAUAUUAACUUUAUUUUUCAUCCAUCCUGUGCAAUAUGCUGUGUAGAAUUAUCAUGUAUUGUCUUAUCAUGCCAUAAACAAAUGAACCAUCUUUUAUUUUGAAACUCUGAAAGGGAGGUGAACUCAUGCCAGCUAAAUUGUGUCCAUUCACUGCCUGUCAGAUUGUUGAUAUAUACUUGUGUACAAAACUUUUUCAAGGAAGGAAAUAAAUAUCAGCUGGAACUGAA